AUGUUCCGCCUACUUUGCAAAAAGCUAAACAACCCUCGAUUGAGUAGGAAGGCUUCAUCCGCGCCAGAUAACGCACCCAAAGCGUCUGACAAUGAGACUUGGUUGCGAAAGCUAAAACAAGAGCAUCAAGAAGCUUUGCCACGAUCAAGUCUCAUUGGAAGCGGUAAAAUUGUGUCAUCACGUUCUAGCGACUUGCUAACAGUCCCAUAUGAGGUGGUCUCAACCCCGCCAAAGACGCCUUAUAUUAACGUUAAAUCACCAUUGUCAAAUUUUAUAACCCUAAGUCAUCUCCAAACAAAAACUCAGCGGACUUCUCAUGCCAAGGAAUUUGUAGAUGUUAGGAUCCUCAAAUGUCGAAGUGGUAGCGGAGGUAACGGAGCUGUCUCUUUUUUCAGGGAUGCAGGAAGAUCAAUUGGACCACCCGAUGGCGGCGACGGAGGAGAUGGUGGCAGUGUCUACAUACAGGCUAUCGAAGGACUUAACAGCUUGGCGAAGCUCAGGACAACCUAUAGUGCAUUUGAUGGUGAGAGCGGGGCUGCGAAACAAUUGGAUGGGGCAAGAGGCAAGGAUGUUCUGAUCUCAGUUCCUGUGGGAACGGUAGUUAAGUGGUGCAUGAAUCCUGCAGAGGUUCGUAAUGCCGUUAAUUCUUACAAAAACACCGACAACCUUCCUCUUCGAAGAGUAUUAGAGAAUCAUAGGGUGGGCCUCCAUUGCACUGGCCGCUUCGAAAUGGAUCAAAAGCCCACGCAUAUCCAACUUUUCCGAGACUCGUAUGAAGCAGGUAAAGGGUGGCUCUUCAAGGGCAAAGACGAAGCCUAUCACGACGAUAAAGACUGGUUCCAAGAGCUCAACGAAAAAGUCAAGGUCUACGACGUCGAGACAAGUCAGUCUGAGCUUAAAGGCGACCGUUUCCCCCUCUACGGUUUAGAUCUGGAUAAGCCUACUCCCACUCCUCUUUGUUUGUUGAAAGGUGGCAAAGGAGGUCUGGGUAAUAUGCAUUUCUUGACCAAUAUUAUCAGAAACCCGCGUUUUGCUAAAAUCGGUAGAAGCGGUCUCGAGCAGUACUUCAUGUUCGAACUUAAGAGCCUCGCAGAUCUAGGACUAGUAGGAUUGCCUAAUGCAGGCAAGUCCACUAUUUUGAAUCGUAUUUCUAAUGCCAAACCACGUAUCGGUCACUGGGAAUUCACCACCACACAUCCUAGCGUUGGUACUGUAACGCUGGGCAUCGAUUCUCAUAGUUUUACUGUUGCUGAUAUCCCUGGCAUCAUAAAGGGCGCCUCCCGUGAUAAGGGCAUGGGCCUAGAAUUCAUCAGACACAUCCAGCGCUCUAAGGGCUGGGUGAUAGUAGUAAGCUUGGAAAGACAUAACCCUCUCGAAGAUCUCAACACUUUGCUUUUCGAGCUAGGCGGCAUUGAAGAGGUUACUAAGAAAAAUGUAUUGGUGGUGUGUAACAAAGCCGACGUGAAAUCCGACGACCCAGCCAACAUAAACAAGUUUUAUCAGAUCAGAGACUAUUGCCGGGCUUAUCAGUGGGAUGUGCUUCCUGUUAGUGCCCUCAAGAAUCAGAAUAUUGAUCUUCUAGUGCGCAAGAUGGCCAUGUGUGCUGGGAUGGCCCAGUGA